AAAUCCAUCCACAAAUCGCUGCCCCGCCCGUCGAGUCCAUCUGUUUCCCUUCCCCGUAUUCCUCACCCCUCCUUCCCUUCCCCCCGUCGAGAGAGAGCGGCGGUGGGGGCGUGGAGGAAGAGAAAGCUUGGGAGGAUUGGUGUCGGGGUUGUUCUUUUCUUUUUCUUCUCCACGCCGCUUCCUCUCCUCUCUCCUAUCGAUUCUCAAAGGGACAUGUGAUCCAAUAUCUUCAUUAAUUUCAUUGGCAGUCCGAUCCAUUAUAUAUCCAUCUAAUUGUUUUUCUCUUAGAUCGGGGCGAUGGAUUCCAAGACCCGCUUGGCAAUGGACGAGCUCUCGUUCGCCAACCGCCGGCGCUGCUGCUUCUGGGUUCCCUGGUCCGGCUCAAAGUCGUGGGAGAGGAUAGCGGUGGCGGCGGAGGAUCGGACCGAGGAGCCAGGGCCCACCAAGGGGCGCUGGUGGUGGACGACCGGAUUGAAGGCGUUGAUGAAGUUGAGAGAAUGGUCGGAGAAGUUGGCCGGCCCGCGGUGGAAGACCUUCAUCCGGCGGGUUGGCCGCCACACCCGCCGUCCGGGGAGCAGGUUCGGAUAUGACCCCCUAAGCUACGCCCUCAACUUUGAUGAUGGAAUGGACAACGAAACCGAAGACGCGGUUGCCCGCCGGGGAUUCCCUGCCCUGUACGCCGCCCCACCGUCGUCGACCAAGGCGUCGAUGGUUCUUGGCGGGCGAGCUCCGCCGCCAAUUGAGGUGUAGUAUCGUUGGAUGGAAUGAUAGCUUUGUGUUCUUAAGCAAGACAAGGAAUACAAACUUGAUGCCCUUGGUUUUCUUUCUUUACUCUUUUAUUAUUAUUAUUAUUAUUAUUAUUAUUAUUAAUUUUUAUGUUUUGGAUUUUGGAAUUGGAAUUGUUGGUAAGGAAAAACAUGUUUAGAUCAUGCACCACAUGUGAUUUUUACAAUGUUUCGUCUUUGACUGGGAAUGAGUUGACUUAGCCCGUUAUAUUUUUAUUUCAUUUUAUCAUGAGUUAUACA